AUGGGCCGCGCGGACGAUCCGGAUCAUGACCCGAACGAAGCACCGCGUCGUCGGAGCCGCGCGCGGCCGCGUCCUGCCGCUUCUGCUUCUGCUUCUUCCGCCUCGAGUGCCUACGUACCUACCGACGCCGCCGACACCAGCCGCAGUCGAGCGCCCCGUUCGUCGUCGUCGUCUAAGAUGAAGAUGGCGUCGCUCAUGGCGGUCGUCGACGAUCAAGAAGAGAGCGAGAAGGACGUGGCGCGGAAGCCGCACGGCGUCAGUGCACACAAGAGCAAGCGCGUCAAAGUCCAUGCGACGCGCGACGACUGGACAGCUCGUCACGAGCCUAUCAGCAUCCAGAGCCUCACGAGGAGCGACGACGGCGGGGGCGCGGGAGAGAGCAGUCCAGGCAGGACACGCUCGCUGUUUGACUAUUAUUUUCCACUGGCGAAGACCGACGGGGGGAGUGCACCUGGUAGCAGCAGUAGCAGCAAUUUGCAUGCUCGAGGACCGGGGACGCGGACAUUGAAGAGGAAGCGACGAGGUGGGCGACGGACGGAGGACUUUUUCGCAGCCACAGAGCUGGAUGGGCUGAAGUUUGGUGUGGAUGCAGGAAAGCUCGUGCCGCAGGGACUAGUGGAUCGGGUGGACGCUCAAUUGAGUCGUGCAGUGCUGGUGAAGGUGGUGGGCAACCACGUGACGAAUUGGUGCUACCGCUCGGGCUUUGCUUCGAGCUUUUUGCAGGAACUUACGACGCUCUUGGCAGCGUAUUAUCCGUGCACGUAUCCGACGCUACUGGAUGAAGUGCUGGCGGGAUUCUUGCUCAAGCGACCGGAAUUUAUUGACUUGCUGCUGCCCGCUAUGCUGGAGAAAAUGAGCAAAGUUGGCGGCUCAAUCUCGGCCAGCAAGUAUCCAGUUGCAGACGCUCUUGUGCGCAUUUGCAGCGUGAGCAUGGGGCCCGUGUGGAGACAUCGUCAUGAUCUGGUGUGUAGAUCGCUGUUGCGCUGUCUGUUGGAGCACAAUGCGGACAGGUUCGUCCUUAGUCCGUGGAUCGCAGCAUGCGCGAUCGAGUGUAGUGACAGCGUCUUGCACACCAUGUGGCGAGCACUGCUACGGAGCCACCUUGUUGCCGAGAACAUUGCGUUGCGAGAUGAAGAUGCCGUCGAGUGGCGGAUCCAAGAUCCUGCGCAGCAGCUUGUGGAACUACUGGCAGAAGAAGGCAAGCUGCGCGUGUGCCGGAUCACGUGCGGGUUUGUGAAGUUGCUCUUGGCCGACAACGGCUUGAAGGAGCUGCUCGUGGAGUCACGAUCGUAUCUCAUACGAGACUGUGUUGAGCGGGCUUUCAAGUAUGCCGGUACAGACUGGAGCUCUUCACUCAUGGCAGGGUGGUUAGAGCGACGCCGAAAGCUGCAACUGGAUGAAGCAGGCAAGGACGGGUCAUUUAAAGAGCUGGUGGACUUUUUAGUUUGCUCCACAAUGAAGUUGAGUGUGAAGAAGCCAGAAUGGUUUGUCAAACACGUUCUGAGCUUCGUCCUGUCCCCUCAAUGUCACGCAGCAGAGCAGGAACCGGCCUUGCGUGCGAUCCUUCGCGACUACACGCCCUUCGUCUUUGGCGGCGUAGACUCCCAGUGGCUUGAACAAACGAGCAAGCAUAGCGGUUCUAGUGGGUCACUCGCCACUCCUUGCGUGGCAACUAAAGACCUCGAUGCAGUGGGAAGCCAGUCAGUGCAGCUCGCGAGAAGCAAGAUGGAGCUCACUAUUGGUCUCUUAGUGUCAGUUGAUGCCCGCACGAGCGCAUUAUUCCUCGACAUUUGGUCUACAGCGUGGACGGAUAAACGGACAGCACUUUCUUGGGGGUACGUCCACGCGCUUCUGUGCGUGACCAUUCAAGACACCGCUGGGAGUCAAAGUGAACUUGGUCAGAAGCUGCAAAACUUGACGAUCCAAGUAUGUCAGUCUCAUUUCCGGCAUCUGAGUCGCGUUUUCGUCCAGGACGAUGCGCACGACGAUGUUGCCGUGAAGUUUUCGGAGGCGCUAAACUUGCUAUUCCCUUCGACGCAUCAUAUCGCGGAUGCUUUACUGCAGGAGGUUCUAGGAGCCUUUGCAAGUCUAGAAGGAACUUACGCACUUGAUGCGUCUACUAUCGUUGGCAAUGCCAUUUCCUUGUACCUUGGAAGCUGUGGUGACGGCGGCGCGAAUAUCAGUGUGAAGCGAAGCGCUGUAGUCAAGCCACUUGCGGAACAUGGCCGAUGUGCCGAUUCCUCCACCUCGCGCAACACAUCAGCCACGACGAUGCACCUACUGACGAUGUUGAAAACUCUGGCUUCGGCAACAAGUGAUGCAGGAGAAUUUGCCCGGCGGGUGUUAUCGAGCGGCCGUGUGGUGCGCUUGCUAGCAGCUCUGCUGAAUUUGGGUCGACGAAGGCAGAGACAGGAGACAAUUCUGGACGUUAUGAAUGCUGCGGUCAUGAGCGACACGCUAGCGAAAAGCAGUCGCGACUGGGCUCGCCUGAAUGUCACUCAGGAGAUUAUGCGCUGCGCGUAUAUGGGCCCAGCUACGUUGGCAACGAAGGCGAUCGCUGUAUUGCAGAAUCUCUUUCGCCGUUGCACGAGCGGCAUGCAAGCCUUGUUGUGGGCAGUCCUCCAGCAGUGUACGAAGCUUUGGUGUGGACGCGGUGAGGAUAUGAACGGCGACGAGGCCGACUUUUCGUCAGAUAAUUAUUAUGGGAGAGCAGACACGUUUGCGGAGCUCGUGAAAGCGGUGGUGAUCACGUUGCCGGUAUGCCUUGUGCGUGAUGUACUGCGUUAUAUGGAACAGAAGCUCGCUUCGUGCUCGUCAGGAAAGACACGGAUGAAUCUGUUUCUACUGCUGCUACUGAGGAAACUCGUUGUCUGUAAGCUUGGAUGUGGAAUGCUUCUACCAGCUAUGCAGCUAGCAGUUUGCCCGCUGGCACCCACGAGUCUGGACCCAAUUCGCUUGACCCAACUGCAGUUGAUAAAGGCAUUAUGCACCCGCUUGUUGGCCGUUCGUCAUCGUGCAAUGACGUCGGAGAACUCGAGUGUUGACGCUGACUGGAUGCGAUACGAGAAUCUCGUGUGCAAUGAGCGAUUGCAAUCCGAGUUGCGGUCAAUGGUGAAAGUGGCGCUACCAGCUACCGAUAGUGCUCCCUUCAAGGCGAAACGAAUUACAUGCAGUCGUGCGUCGGAAGUGCUAGCUCAGAACAUUUUGGCAUUUACUCGCCAGCUCAGGCAACCAGAGAGGCCAUUAGAUAACGACGGGCGUCGAAUGAUACGGAAAAAAAGCAGACUGAUAUGA